AUGCCGACCGAGGAUGGACUGCUUGGUUUGGUCGGAGUGGAUGGACUCAAUCUCCAUCUAUGGUCAUUGAUGGCGAGCAUUGACGGGUUGGUAACAUGGACACAUCAAAGGGUCAUUGAUUUCAAGCAGUUUCUUGCGCCGGAAGUGGUGGCGACAUGUAUCUAUGGAGUGGAGGCAAUUGCUUUUGCUGAAGAUGCUGGGGUGAUCUUCAUUUAUGUGCACCCUAGCGUCUAUAUGAUCCAUCUCAAGUCCAUGCGGAUCGAGGAGGUGUCAGAGAAAGGGACAUAUGGCACAGUAAUUCCUUACACAAGUUUCUAUGCUCUAGGUACUUGUCAUUGUGCCGAUGUUGCACACUACACUUUAAUCUUGUCUGCAUCGUGA